AUGGCAGAGGCAGUAGCUGGGGCGGUUGUCGCUGAGCAGGUCGUCUCAACCAGCCUCGAGGCAGGAGCUGCUGUUGCCGUCGCGCGUCCGACGCAGCCUUUGAAGGUUUCUCUUUCUCAGAUCGCCACCACCCCCACCGAUGAUGCCUCCCUCUCUCUGGCACGCUCUCAUCACUCAGUCACCGUCAUCAAUCACAAGGCCUGUAUAUUCGGCGGAGAGACGGCCGAUGGCCAAUUGUGCACUACCGAUUUUCACGUCUUGUCUCUUCCAGCCGUGACCAACGGCGAGCCCGUGGCGGCGUACGCCUGCUACCCCGCCUUUGCCAUGCAGGAUGUAGAGACUGGCAAGACUUACAUCCCUGCCCCACGGACGAAACACGCGGCAUGUGCUCGCGGUCAAUUUGCAAUCAUUCACGGCGGUGCUGAUGCCAACGGAAAGCCCAUUGAGGAGACCUGCUUGUGGCUAUGGGACUCGGAGAGCUUGAAGUGGACCAAAAUCCAGGGAGCGAGCCAGAUCGGCAAGACGCUCACACCCAGAUUUGAUCAUCACAUUUUCUUCGAUCACGCCCAAGAUAUUCUGGUCCUCCACGGUGGGCGUACUGCCGCGAAUCAGAAGGCCAGCACGGAGACCUGGCUGUACAACUUCGACACACUGGCUUGGACGGAAUUGCCAGCUGCCCCGGAAGCACCUACUGCAGCUGCCUUUGUGGACAAUGUCCUGUACACCAUCGGCACGGAUUCCGAUAUGAGUGGAGCUAUUCACUACAUGGACCUCAAGUCCAACGCCACGGACCGCGAGAAGCCGGAGGCAUUGGUCUGGAAGACGGUCAACUUCCCCACCAACCCUCUGGUCCCUGGACCUCGCCCCCGUGAAGGUGGCGCACUGCUGCCUAUCGACACCGGAGUUGGCCGCCACUAUCUCAUCUACAUGUUUGGCAAGGAAGAAAGAUCGGGCGAGAAGGACUACCACAGCGAUAUUUGGGCAGUGCAACUUCCAACCCACGGCUUUACCGCGGCAGCUGUGAAGGACGCGAUCCGCGACAAGCUGCCUCGCGUAGAGUCGGGCGAGUUCAGCUGGGCCGAGGUGGAGCUCGUGCCAACGGAGGAAGUAAAGACAGAGGGAAAGGCCCAUCCGGGUCCGCGUGGUUUCUUCGGCGCUGGCUCCGCAAGCGGGAAGAGUCUCAUCUUCUGGGGCGGUGACAGCGCGAAGGGUAAGGAAGGUGAUGGCUGGCUUCUUCAGGUACAGUGA